UUCCAGAGACGCUGUGAGCUGCAUUCUAUUUGAUCUUAGUGUCCACCCCACGGUUUACGAGCCUCACCUCAGCGGUCGAUGCACAUGCAUCCAACUUCCAGGACGCGGUCUUUUGUGAAUCUUCUCUCUACAGCACACUGUCGCCGGUUGCCCCGCCCCUCCCUCCGAGCCACCGCUGCCACAUGUGAAUCUGGUGCGCGGAUCAGGAAUAGCCUUCACGGCGGCCGUCGAUAUUGUCACCAUGCAGAGUCACCGUCUCUGGGGCUGAAUUCGGGGCUUGUAGAUGAUCGCAUCGGGACACUGAACAUCCUCCAGCCUAGUACGGGCAUCACCCGAUAGAGCCGGCCUGCUAUGGCCUCCACCGUCGACGACCAUGUCUUGCCGACACUGGACCUUGACAUUGUGCUGGACCUGACGGAUCCUGGGGCGGUUGCGGAUAUUCCCGACCUGGAGCUGGACGACCAGAGCCCCUUCUUAGCGGCCGAGGUCACCACGCAAGGGACGACACCGACCCCCUCCGACGAAGGCGGGGUCUCGACCCCGAACAGCGCUUCGGUGAACACACCACGCACGUCGGCUAGCCGCGGCCGACGGAAGGGCAAGGUCGCGACGAAGCCGCGGCGCGUCCGGACUGGCUGUCUGACCUGUCGAGAACGGCACCUCAAGUGCGACGAGGCCUUGCAUCAAUGUCAGAACUGCCGCAAGUCGGGCAGAAUCUGCCGGCGUGGCAUCCGCUUGAAUUUUAUCGACACCCAGACCGCGACACCGCCGCACUGUGUGGUCCGUCUCCAGGGGAAAGGAAUCACUUUUCGCGAUGAGUCUCGGAUCAUCGCGUCUGAAUACGUGGGCGGGUUCGAGAGGUACCCCCCGCUUGUUGCUGAGGACGCAGAGCCGCACGGCAUGACGGGAUCGUUGAACUCGAACGCGCCCGCCACGGUGAAGGAUAGCUAUAUGCAAGGGUUCGGGAAUGCUCAGUCCGACAAUAUUGGCGCAUCACUCAGCAGCAUUUCUCAUCCGGCCUCGUUGUUCCCAGACCCAAGUACCUCGUAUGCCCCCUUUCGGUCGACACGACAUGGCCAUAUCAACUCGACCAACCAUACAUGUCUCAACAAUCCAGAGGAGGUGUUUCUCCUACAAGUGUUUGUAGAAGAGGUUGGGCUAUGGAUGGACGCCAUGGAUGCGGUAAAGCAUUUUACCCAGGUAUUGCCAUUCCAUGCGUUAGAGGAGCCAAUGCUCUUUAAGGCUAUUUUGGCUUGUGGUGCGCGACAUCUGUACCAUGUGAACCCAUCUUACGGCGAGCAGAAGGCCGCACUCUUUCACGACGAAGCCUCUCAGUAUCUUCUGCGGUCCUUGCAGGAUCCGGAUCGCGACUCUGCUUUGUGUGCCACAACCGCCAUUCUUCUGAACAUCUACGAGCUGAUGUCGGGUCGACCGAUCCAGGGCAUGAGCCAUAUCGCCGGAGCUCGAGCCUUGAUCAAGGAAUGCAACUGGGAUGCGAAGACCCCUGGACUCGGGGGAGCGUGUUUCUGGUUGAACGUUAGCAUGGAGCUGAUCAGCUGUCUGCACUUCAACUGGGCGCUCUCUUGGAACCCAGACUCCUGGGGUGUCGAUUUGGAGUUUGACCAGGCCCAGCCGAGUGUAGCAGGCAACGAAGAGGCCUGGACCCACAAAAUGGUCUUCAUCUGUGCCAAGGUCGCGAACUUCCGGUCGUCGAUGGGCCAGGACCAGGGCGUGGACGAUCCCAUCAGUGACGCACGGGUGAGCCAGCGAUACCAGGAGUGGUGUACGUAUAACGAAUGGUGCGAUCAAUGGGUUCGGGCCGUGCCACGGUCCAUGAUGCCGGUCGGCUAUCUUCAUUCCUGGCAGACGAACUCCAAAUCCGUCUUUCCGGAGAUAUGGCUCAUCAAACGCUCUACAAUCGUGGCUCAACUGCUAUACCAUACCACUCGCAUUCUGCUGACGAAAACGAACCCCCUCGAGUCCGAGUUCAGCGCGGAAAUGCAGACCGUCCAACAGGGCCACGCGCGAGACAUCUGCGGGAUUGUCGCGCACUCGAAGGAUCGGGGCGUAGCGAGUCUAUCCAUCCGGUUCUUGGCCAUCGCCGCCGGAUGUCUCGUGACGCGCGAGGCCCAGCACGAGGUCUUCGAGAUUCUGGAUAACAUCAUCAAGGAGACGGGGUGGCGGACGGAGAACGUCAAGAACGAGCUGCAGGCAGCGUGGGGGUGGAGCAGCCACCACGGCCCGCCCAUGGCGACGUCGGAGGAGAUCGUGGCCAUGUUUGGGAGUGGGGAUGGCAGUGACCAUCCUGAUGCGCCCCUGCGGCCGAGCCACAUCCCGCCGGAGUCGAAGAUCGUGGGGGUGGUCAACCCACUGAUGGCGUCGGCGGAUUUCUCGAUGGAGAACCACCCGUACCAGGAUCAUUAUGUUGCGCCGCAUCGAGCGUUGGGGGGGUUUUCGUUUGGGUUGUAGGUGUG